GCCGUCUCGUAGGCUACGACUGACUGGUCAAAUCGUUUGUGCACGUUGGUUGUUUAGUUUAAAGGACAUCGAUGUGUUAGAGGUGCGGCAGGUUACAUUCAAAUGUGGCCGGAUAAUCGUUUUCAUACAAUUUUCUGCACAUUGACCAUAUCAUAGUUGAAAUUUUCCAAGUUUGCACUUUCAUUGGUUAUUUUCGCAUUCAGCUAUAUUGUUGCAUUACAUCUCAUUGUGUGACAGAAAAUAAUUCCUAUAAUGAAUCAAUUUCGAUGGUAUUCAUGUAUAUUUAUUGUCUUUAUCUACCACAUAUCAGUUGUGAUAUGUCAUAGUCAUAGCCAUUCACAUCAUUCUGAUGAAAAUCCUUCUUUCAAAUAUUCAAAGCAAGCAAACGAUAAGUACUCUGCACCAGAAGUUUCUUUCGCUCCUUAUGCAGCUAAACCUAAAACUAUUCCUUGGUUUGAAGCUCUGGGAUCAACAUUGCUUAUUAGUGCUGCACCUUUUUUAAUACUUUUCUUUAUACCUAUUGAUAACAGAGCUGAGCAUGAACCUCUACUUAAAGUGUUGUUAAGUUUUGCAUCUGGAGGACUCUUAGGCGAUGCAUUUCUGCAUCUCAUUCCUCAUGCUUUGAUUACACAUUCCAGCCCAAGUGAGUCUCACUCUCAUUCUCACUCUCAUUCACACUCUCAUUCACAUUCUGAUGGCUCUGAAUCUGAUAUAGCUGGACAUGAUCUCAGUGUUGGGUUGGGAGUUUUAGCUGGCAUUAUUACUUUUCUAAUGGUGGAAAAAUUCGUGCGAAUAGUGAAGGGUGAUCACGGUCACUCUCAUUCACAUAUAUUGCCUGUUAAGGAAGUUGACGAUUUAUCCAAGAGAAAAGUGUCUGAUGGUGACGACUGUUGUGACAACGUUACAGAAAAGGAACCUAGUAAAGAUGAUAGCAAGAAGGAAUUGCCAACUGAAAAGGAUGACAUGAGUGAUGAAAUUAAAGAAACUUCUGACGAGAAAUCUGAUGAAGCUGAGGAUGACAUUAAAGUUGCUGGUUAUUUGAAUCUUGCUGCAGAUUUCACUCACAAUUUCACGGAUGGUUUAGCUAUAGGGGCUUCCUACUUGGCAGGAAGUGGAGUAGGAGCUAUUACAACUGCAACUAUUCUCUUGCAUGAAGUUCCUCAUGAAAUCGGAGACUUUGCUAUUUUGAUACAAUCUGGGUGCAGUAAAAGAAAGGCUAUUUUUCUCCAGCUGCUAACAGCAGUAGGAGCACUAACAGGAACUGUUUUCAGCUUGCUAGCCGAAGGAAUCGAUGAAAGAGCUUCAAAUUUGUUUCUCCCAUUUACUGCAGGAGGUUUCAUUUACAUUGCAACAGUUUCGAUAAUUCCUGAAUUGUUGGAGAACACAAAGUUCUGGCAGUCUGUGAAAGAAGUUGUGGCGUUAUUGGUUGGCGUUUUAAUGAUGGUCGUGAUUGCUCAAUAUGAAUAAUGAUGAACUUUUUGAUUUUUUGAUCUGAAGGACAGAAUCGUUUAUCAUCUGUUUCAAAUAUAUUUAUAUUGUCUCAAAAAUAUUUUAUUUUUCUGAUACAAAUUUUGUUACAUCAACCGGGACUUGAUGGGAUGUCAUGUAAAAGUGUAUAAUAAAAUGACUAUGAACAAUUCAAGUUUUCAAAUAA